AUGCUAAAAUAUUAGAAAUCAAAUAUUUCUUCAUAUAAAGCAAUUUUCAAUGCUCUAUAAAUGUAAGUUGACAUAUUUGGAUAACUACCUGGAUUUACUAUAUUAAAAAAAGAAAGAUUUUCUACAAGCUUUGGAGCAUUUUCAACUCUAAUAAUUUUUGGAUUUUGUCUUUUAUAUUUAUGGAUUGAACUUGCUUAGUUGUAUAAUCGCAGUGGCCCAAAUGUUAUUUAAUAUGAUUCUUAAUUAAUAGAAAGUAGUGUAAGUAUUACAUAAUAUUCUUAGGAUAUUCCAUUGAUGAAUUAGAAUUUCACAAUAGCUGUAACUUUAACUGGAUUAAGUACAUAACCAUUUAAAAAUGUAAAAAGGUAUUUUUAAAUUAAUGUAAAUACUUGUAAAAGGGAGAGGAUUUUUAAUAAAACAGACAAUACGACACAAGUUAUUUCAUCGUAAGAGUUAGUGUAAUUAUUUAGAUGUUAAGAAUAUCCAAUUGAGGCUUGCUCACUUGAUCAUGCAGUAACUGAGAGUUAAAAAGAAUAUUUUGGGAAACUCCAAUUAGGAACAGUCCAAUGCUUAUAAAAUGAAACUUGGUAAAGAAAUCCACCAGUAAAUAUUUAAAAUAAAUUAUAAGAAAUUAUAGGGUGUAUUACAAUCUAUUGAAUUUUAAUAUCUUUAAAUAUAGAUUCAAAUAUGUCAUAAUACAACAACAUAUAAUGAAUGUGCUCCAAUUGAAGAAAUUUAGGAUUUAGCAAAAGCUGGAUUUUAUGGUAUACAUUUAAGCGAUAAUUUAUUAUAAUUGAAUGAGUUCUCAUAACCUUUUUCAUAAAUCCAAAGUAUGUAAUAAGCUUCAUUCUCUCUAAAAACAUCAAGAUCUAUCUAUUAAACACUAAAAUAAAUAAAUAUAAUUACAGAUGAUGGAUUUAUUUUGGAAAAUAGAAAUUCAUUUUCUGGCCUAAUUUAAAAUUAAUGGAGAGAAGAAUCAUCUACUUACAAUAAUAUAUUUUUAAUAAAUCAUUUUAUUUAUUUAGAUGGAAAAUAAUCUACUUAUUAAAGAAAUUAUAUCAAAAUAUAAGCAAUUUUGGGAAAGAUUGGAGGAUUUUGGAAUGUAGCAGUUUUAUUAUUUAAAAUAUUUGUUACACCUAUAGUUAUCACUUUAAUGAAUGUACAUUUGGUAAAUAAAUUAUUUAGAUUUGAAAUAAAUGAGAAGUCUUAAUUAUUUAAAGAUGAAAUAAAAGAAGAAUCUUUAAAUGACUUAAAUAAAAGUUAAACUAUAUAUAAAGAAUCUUCGUAAUAAUAAUAUGAUGUAGUUAAUUCAAAUCUGAAAAAAAAAAAACCAAAUAAAUUAAAAUCAAAUAGAAAUAUUUAAUCUGAAAUUUAGAAAUAUUUAACACAAUCAAAAUAAUAAUUAAAUUUAGGAAUAAUUGAUUUAUUUUUAGUCUCAUUUUGUUGUAAAAGAAAGGUUAAAUAAUAAAUUAGAUAUGCAAAAACUAAAUGUUCAUAAAAAUUAGAUGUAGCAUUAAUAAUAAGUAAAAUCUAUGAAUUUGAUAAAUUAAAAUAUGUGCUAUUCUCAAAUGAAUAAUUAAAUAUAUUUAAUUGUUUACCUAAACCUAUAAUUCCAGCUGAUUUAUUUAAUAGAAAAGUUUCUGAUAAAAUUAAAGCUUUGGAAUAACAAAAAUAAUAUUUAUUUAUGCUUUAAGAUGAAAUGCCUAUGAAACUUAGAUUAGAGUAAGCUUUUUCUAGUUAUAAAAAAAUCAAGAAUAAAGUGGAUAAAACAUAUACAGAUUAUUAAUUACUUGAAUUUUUAGAUGAUGAUUUAGUAAAUUUGUUUGAAAAUCUUUCUAAAAAUGACGCUAAUGAUGACUUAAGCUCAAUUUCAAAUAGAGAUAAAUUAAAUUCAGCCUCCUAAAGUAGAUAAUUGAAUGUUUAACUUGAUAUUAGUUAAAUAAGCUAAUAUUGA